AUGGGCUCCCAGCUGCUGGCGACGCUUUCGCAAGCAAACGAUUCAGUGCCGCCGAUGAGGCGUCGGCCGGGCAUCGCUGACAUAUUGUCAUCGCGCAAGAUCCGCUUGUGGCUGCCGGUCAGCCUAUUCCUUCUCGUGCUUCUCGCUUCUAGCCGCCGCUACGAUGCGCUUCCUAGCAUCCAGGCGGGCUUAAAUUGCCAGUCGCAUCAACCAGCUGCAGCGGCAGCGACCACAACGAGGGGCUACCAGGGCACCGUCGACUGGUCGCGCUUUGCCUACAUCCAGUACGUUACCAACAGGGGCUGCCUGUGCAACGACCUUGGCAAGGAGGAGUUGAAAUUACUGGCCGUGUUCAACGCGGCCAAGUAUUUGCACUUGUUGGACUUCCCGGUGCCAAAACCUUGGUUGCCGGUCGAGGUGAAUGUCAUGCUGGAGGCACAGCCAAAAUGCCGUGUCCGGCAGGGAGUGGAGCGCUGUCUCGAGAGGGACCUGUGGAAUGGGCUUCACGCCGACUUCAGGGAUCGAAGAGAGGGGCCGGGUGUGCGGGGCGGGCGAUGCUAA